AUUGAAAACUAAAACCUAGUUGAUAAUAAAAGUUAAAUGUAGUCAUACAAUACAAAUUUAUUUAUAACAAGAAUUAGAAUAUAAUACCCCCAAAACAAACCACAAAUGUGAUUAUUCUGCAGACCCCGCACUCGAUGAUUUAAGGCCAUAAUCGUCACAAAAAAACACAGAAGAAAAAGGAACAAAAUAGAAUAGCAAAUUCUAGGACAUAGGCCUCGUGUAUCUAAUUUGCCCUUCGAAAUUUUGUUAAUGUUCUAAUAUAACAUUAUCACUUUGUGUUUGAUUCUGGAAAGGUGUCCUCUUCCAAACUCAACAAUUGUGAAAAUGGGCAGGAGAGCCGGAGACGAUGAAGAUGAUUAAUAGAGCUUCCGCCUCUGCUUAUAUCAUCGGAGCUGUUUAUACUUUUCGUUCUUCUGGAAAUAUUCAAUGGGUACCGCUUCUAAAUCUAGACACUCUCUUCUUUUCGAAUCAGUUAAUUAUGUAUUAUCGUCGUGUAUGGCAUCUUCCGCCCCUUUCACCAAACACAUGCUGUUUUCGUAGUCUUACUACCAACUCUACCACGAGCGCGCGAAAUUAUGAGGAAAGCCCCAAGCAAUUCUUGAAAUAUGUAAUAUAUCAAUGCAAAACUGGGAGCUUCAGGAAUCUUGGUGAGGCCAUGGGCUUGUUUGAUCGAAUGGCCCACAUGCACCCUUUGCCUUCCAUUGUGGUUUUUAAUCAACUGCUGACAGCAAUUGCAAGAAUGAAGCAUCACUCAACUGUGAUCUCUCUAGUUAAACAAAUGGAAUCAUCGUUAGGAAUUGCUGCCGAUAAUUAUACUCUUUCUAUUUUGAUUAAUUGCUUCUGUCAUUUGAACCGUGAGGAUAUGGGGUUCUCUGUCUUGGCAAGAAUUUUGAAACUUGGUUUUCAACAUGAGUCUGCGGUUCUAAACACUUUAGUCAAGGGGCUCUGUCUCCGUGGAAAAAUUGCUGAAGCGGUUAAUUUGGUUGAUGAAAUGAGGGAGGAAGGAUAUAAACCUAACCAAAUUACCUAUGGGACUAUAAUUAAUGCUAUGUGUAAGGUAGGUGAAACUGGUCUGGCCAUUGACUCAGUUAAGAAAAUGGAAGAUGCAAAUUUUGUUCUUGGUAUAUCAUCGUAUAACACAAUCAUUGACAGUUUGGGCAAGCAAGGGAAGAUGGCGGAGGCAAGAGAAGUUUUUGAUAUGAUGAUUGAGAAAGGAAUAGAGCCUGACAUAUUCACGCACAAUUCUUUGAUUGAUGGUUAUUGCAGAAGUAAGAGAAUUGAUGGAGCAAUGAAUCUCUUUCUUGAAAUGCCUAGCAAGAGAAUGAUUCCAGAUGUUGUCACAUACAACACUCUUAUAGAUGCCUUUUUCCGAGUGGGGAGGCCUCGGGCUGCGUUAGAGCUACUCCAUAAGAUGCAAGCUUGUAGGGAACAUCCUAAUCUUCACACUUAUGCCAUUUUGUUAAGUGGUCUUUCUAGGAACAAACAAUUGGCUGAGGCAAUGACAUUGCUUCAAGAGAUGGAAGACACAAAGUUGGACCUUGAUAUCGUGAAUUACACCGUCUUGAUUGAUGCUAUGUGUGGUGCGGGGAAGCUUCAGACUGCAAAAGAGCUCUUUUAUAGUCUUUCUACCAAAGGGUUGCAACCUAAUAUUUACACUUACACUAUAAUGAUCAAAGGACUAUGCAAAGAGGGACUAAUAAAUGAAGCCUGUGAGCUGCUCGAGAAAAUGGAUGGGAGUGGUUGUUCACCUAACAGUAUCACUUAUAACACAAUUAUCCAAGGAUUACUGCAACAUGAUGAGACAUCAAGGGCAGUAGAAUAUAUUGAAAUAAUGGUUGACAAGGGUUUCUCUGCAGAUGAAACAACUGCAACCAUGGUGGUUUAUUUAUUGUCGGCUAAUAAGGUUGAUAAGUCGAUUCAAGAGUGGUUUCAGAAGCUUUUGUGAAAGGCUUUCUUGGUUUUCAAUACCAUGAACAACUUUGUACUUUAAGGCUUCAUAAGCUGAUCUAUACGGAAUGUUCAUCUACUUCAAGUCAAUUUUAAAUAUUUCAUUUUUCUGAGAGAGAUUGAUCUGUCCUCUCACUUUAUUAUCUUUCAUUGCAAAGUUUGGCUGAUGAAAAGUAAUUGCAACGUAAAGUACACUCCGGGAUUUUGGGGGUUGAAUCUCCAUUGUUUCCUGAAGUUAAUGUUUUUAAUUGUGCCCUGAUGAUAUGAUGUAUGUGAUUAGCAUGUUAAAAAUGCUAUUUGAUAGAAAUAUUUAUUAUACUGAAGAGUUUCUGUGCAUUAACCUCAA